CACUAUUGGAAUUAAAUAAAAUAAAAAACUAUUGAAUUGAAUGUUGAAAAUAAUAAUAAUAAUAAUAAUACUGUAAAUACAUUAAACAAAUAAUAAUAAUAAUAAUAAUCUUAACGUUUGUAUCAAUAGUAUUAUAAACACAAAAUACAACAACAAAUCAUUGACAUCAACGACAACAACAACAAGUAGUGGUAUAUCCAGUGGACAACAACAACAACAAUACAUAUGUAUCGGUGACCAAACACACACACACACUGGACAUCCUGUUAAUGACAUCCACCGCAACCGCCGCCGCCACCAUCAGUGACCAUCAGUUGUCCUCCGCCGCCGUCGCCGCCGCUGCCGCAGCCACGGCUACUAACGUUCAUUGUUAUCCGCCGCCAGGUUUGCGGUGUUCGGUAUGCAGUUCGUCCGCGAGUCUGAAAUGUUGUUCCCGAUGUCGGUCAGUCUACUACUGUAGCCGCGAACACCAGCAGCUGGACUGGAAACGACAUCGCGAUCACUGUCGACAAGUCUAUCAACAACUACUACUACAACAACAACAACAACAGCAAACAAUGGCUGCCGCCGCCGCUGCCAACUAUCAAUUGCCAACAUCACUACCGCCGCAACACGUUGUCCACCAUCACCACCACCACCACCAACAACAACAACAACAACAACAGCUGCAACAACAGCAGCAACAACAACAUCGUGUUGUUAUGAGUCGUCCCGAAUCAUCCAUUGUUGUCGGCGGCGCUGGCGAUAGCAUUAUAAGCCAACAACUACUUAGUGGACAAACUGUUUCUCUAUCGCCGGUAGCGACGGCGCUGCCUCCUCAGUCGUCUCCAUCUAUGGCUCUCAAUAACGGUGUCAGCAAUCAGAUAUCGGCGGCGACAGUCCGACCGAUGCCGCCGCCACCGCAGCCGACUCUCAAUCACAACAACAACAACAACAAUGUUGACCACACACUGCUGGUCGACAGUCAACACCAUCAGCAGCAGCCGCAACAACAACAACAACAGGACUCGUCGAUUGUGAUGUCGAAACUGAAUUCGUAUUGCGAAUCAAUAAUACACGACUUGAAUGAAUUCGGUUUCUGUGUUAUCGACGACUUCCUGAACAAUGGAACCGAUAUAUUCAAAGAGGUUAUAGCACUGUACAACUGUGGCCUAUUCAAGGCGGGCCAAGUGGUCAACAAUAAGGCCCUAAACUCGCAGCUGGUUCGGGGCGAUCAUAUUGUUUGGGUUGACGGACAGGAAUCGUUUUGCGUGAAUAUCGGUUUUCUAGUUCAGACAUUGGACUCGAUUAUUAUGCGCUGCAAUACAAUGUCCACCGACGGCCAGUUUGCCAAAUAUCGUAUCAAUAGGCGUACGAAAGCCAUGAUUGCCUGCUAUCCCGGUAACAGUAGUCAAUAUGUCAGACAUAUUGACAACCCGAACAACGAUGGCCGAUGUGUGACCAGUAUUUAUUAUCUCAAUCAAAAUUAUGACCGACAGCGAGACGGCGGUGUUUUGCGUCUAUUUCCGCAAAUAUCGUCCUGUGUUGCGGACAUCGAACCGAAGUUCAAUCGAGUGAUAUUUUUCUGGUCAGACCGACGCAAUCCACAUGAAGUUCAGCCAUCAAAUAGUUUACGAUUUGCAAUAACUGUCUGGUAUUUUGAUGCCAACGAAAGGGAACGGGCUAUUCAACGAUACAAACAGGAGAGUAUGUCUAUCCUUCAAACACAUACUACUAGUACUACUACUACUACCACUCCUAUUACUACUACUACUACUACUACUACUACUACUAACCAAUUAAAUACAAAAAGACAAGACUCUGGUCAUAGACAGUGGCAUUGAUUUUGACUAAUUGUUUGUUUGUUUUUUUUUGUGGUGUUUUUAUCCGAUUUAUUUAUUUCACACGCGAUUUAUUUCACACAUGUAUUUGUUUUGGUGGUCAACAACAAACAACACGUUGUUGUCGUCGGCGAUGAAACAGGUGGUCAAUACCCGGUGGACAAAGAUUUGCGGCCAUUUUAAGAGAGAGAGAGAUGAAUGAAUCACCGAUUAUUAUAGGGAUAUAUAUAUAAAUAUAUUUGAAUUGAUUGAUAAACAAAUUGUUUUUUAUAAUUAAUUAAUGACUGACUGACUGACACUAUAUUUUCAAUACUAUAUAUA